CCAAGCGAGCAACGCUCCGUUGGCAUUUGGGCCGCCUUCAGCCUCUUGAAUGGCACAGCGGGUUUCAUUCAAGUACGAUCCUGAUCCUACUCCUACGAAACAUCGAGACCUUCCCAUCGCCAUUCGAAAUUAUCCAGCUUCUCUCUUCCGACGAUUGCGACUCCCGGGCCACGACCACCACAAAGUACCAUGGCGCCGCGACUUACAAGACCACUGGAAGGUAAAUUGGCGGUUGUGACCGGCGCCUUUCGAGGUAUUGGAGCGGCCAUUACCAAACACCUUGCUGCAAAGGGUGCCAAUGUCGUGGGCCUUUACACUUCCGAUUCGUCCUCGCCAGCGGCACAGGAAGGGGUCAAAGAACUCGGCCAGAAACACGGCGUCAAGAUCGUAGCCGUGAAAGCGGAUCUUGGUCGACCAGAGGAAGCCGCUCAAGAGCUGGUCAAAGCGGCAAAGGCCAACUUCGCAAGCAGCGGCGGGGAGCUGCUUAUCAACAUUCUCGUCAACAACGCAGGUGUCGGAGGUGACUAUCCAUUAGGAGAAGUUCCUAUUCCGGAAUUCCACCGUAUUUAUAGCAUCAACGUCCUUGCUCCAAUUGUCAUCACUCAGGCUGUGUUGCCGUAUUUGCCUCACGACCGAUCCGGCCGCAUUGUCAACAUCUCGUCUGUAGCAUCAGCCAUGGGUUUCAAGACACACACGCUAUACGGGGGCACCAAGGCUGCGCUGGAGGCCAUGACACGGACUUGGGCACGAGAAUUGUCGGAGCGUGCCACAGUCAAUGCUGUAAAUCCAGGCCCGGUCGAGGGCGACAUGUACUGGGCAGCUGGCGAGGAAUUUUGGAAACAGCUGGAUCCCUUCCAACAGGCUACGCCGCUCUCGGCCGUGCGCGAAGGAGUCGACAGGCCUGAACUGGUACAAUUGGCCAACGAGAAGAUGGGAGGCAGGAGACCUGCUUAUUGGUCUGAGGUGGCAGCUGUGGUAGGUAUGGUCUGUGGAGAAGACUCAGCGUGGUGCACAGGCAGCGUAGUAUGCGCCAACGGCGGCUUGAGAUUUUCACUUUGAGCGGAUGAAAACGAAGCAAUUCCGAGCUUUUCCUGUCCAGGGAGGCGGAAUCCAGGCCAUACUGCGCAACUGAGCAGAGGUUCUGAAUUUUGGCCAACGUGCCAAACAUGGGGUUCUCAUCCAGCUCGCGCGAAUCUCUUUUUGUACAAGAUUGUCUGGAGAAUGCACAGAAUUGACCCUGCGCUCGAGUCGGGCGAAGCCCAAGGCCUGACCAUCACAAUGACCUUUUGGACGAAUUGCUUGAUGUCCGGUACGAGGUGUUGUAUCGAUGGAGUUUCAGAGGCCAGUGCGAGUAUGAAGACAGCGGAAAGGCACCUGGAUCACACUCAGAUUAGUCAAAGAUCAAAGCCCGGCUCGGGGAGCUCGUACGCUUGUGUAGUCAUCCACGUAUACUGCGUUCGUCCGGAC